CAACGCCCGAGAUAGAGGAAUUGCUAUAAAAAGGGGAGUUGUUACAACGCUCGGGUUUGUCAUUUCCGUUAUAUUCGAAGAAAACUUUGUUUCCUCAGUAGUAUUCUCGAAAAUGGUGAAAACAACGGCGGAAACCACCGUCAAAUCAUCAACGUCCGAUUCGGAUCCUAAACAAACAGAGGCGAUCGAAGAGAAUAUACAGAAGAAGCUCAAGUAUCUAGAUUUCGUUCAAGUGGCGUCAAUUUAUGCUGUCGUUUGUGUAUCAAGCAUCUACGAGUACGUUAAAGGAAACUCCGGUCCACUUAAACCGGGAGUAAACACCGUCGAAAAAACCGUCAAGGCCUUCAUCGGCCCCGUUUACGACAAAUUCCACGACGUACCGUUCAGGCUCCUCGAGUUUUUCGAUCGCAAGGUGGACGAGUUGGAACGUCACGUGCCGUCUAUCGUAAAGCAGGCUUCAUGCCUAGCUCGAACAAUGGCUUCGGAGGUCCGACGAGUCGGUGUUCUAGGCGCGGCUAAGACGAUCACGAGGGACGUUUACACCAAAUGUGAACCGACGGCUAAGGAGAUGUACGGCACGUACGAACCGGUGGCUGAACAGUACGCCGUUUCAGCUUGGCGGUCGUUUAACCGUCUCCCGCUCUUCCCUCGAGUGGCGCAUAGAGUGGUCGUCCCCGCGGGUGCUUACUGUUCGCAGAAGUACAAUCAGGUGGUCCGUCUCUCCGGAGAGAAGGGAUACGCGGUGGCUUCGUAUCUACCGUUGAUUCCGACUGAUAGAUUCGCAAAGGUAUUCGGAGAGGGACACGUGGUUUCCACUUCGAGUAAUGGGGAAUCGGUUCGCGGGCAAUGGAAUAGCUAG